CAUUCUUCAGGUUUGAGAGCCAUGAAGCUGUGUUUCCCAUUGUCAUCAAACAGCCCCAAGUCCCAGUUCUGUACGACAUGGGAACAGACAUUCGAUCUCAUGUCAAUCAUUCGCCUCCCCUCCUUCCUUUGAAAUGUCUCUAUUGAGUCAGUCAGCCAGUCAUUUGUGACACAGACAGGAUAAGACUGGGACACAAGAAAAAGAUGCCUGAAUCAAACAAAAGACUGGUUCUGGUUGCUGUGAUAUGUGUGACCACACUGCUGUUGCUUCUCAUGUAUUGCAAGACGAUGGGCAGCUUUUCACUGGCUUCUCAGCAAAUGGUCAUCAAACCAAAAAGGUCCACAUUUCCCCGUCAGCUUCCGCCUUCUCCAUCCUGUGAAUGCAUGAAUCACUCAGUGCUUCUCAAAGAUGUCCUCCCCAAGGAGCAGCGUGAGGCCAUCAUGCAACGUCGAACAAAGGAGUUCCAGCAACACAAAGCAAGGACAUCAUCUGUUCUAUCCAAACUCCUCUAUGCUUUGCCAAACUCUCCUCUGCAGUAUCCAAUCCAAGGCUACACAGUGCGGCCUUUGACCCCAACACUAAUACCAGUAUUAGGGCUGCAUACGGAAAAAAGAGACAGCUACAAGGUGUUCUUGAAUGUGUCCAAAGGCAUCCUGACGACUGUGACUCCAGACACACAGGUGACAGUUAAAGGUGCUGGUACAAGAGGACUGUCCAUUGAGUCCAGCAGCCUGGUGCUCCUGAAUGAACUUCUGGCCAAAGUCUCGUACACCAGCAGUACCUACCACAUCAACAGUGGAGACCUGGCAUUCUUCAGGUUUGAGAGCCAUGAAGCUGUGUUUCCCAUUGUCAUCAAACAGCCCCAAGUCCCGGUUCUGUACGACAUGGGAACAGACAUUCGAUCUCAAGUCACCAUCACUACAAAGACUUUCCUGAGAUACCCACAGCUAAAGGUGUUGUUGGCCAGCAUUCGAAAGUUCUACCCUGACAUAACGGUCAUCAUCGCAGAUGACAGCUUUGAACCAGAACACAUCUCUGGAGAAAAUAUCCAGCAGUACAUCAUGCCUCCAGCUCAGGGCUGGUUCGCCGGUAGGAAUCUGGCGGUUUCCCAGGUGAUCACCAAAUACCUCUUGUGGGUGGAUGAUGACUUUUUCUUUACAGAGAAUACAAAGAUUGAGGAAUUUGUGAAGGUGAUGGAGGCUGUCCCGGAACUGGACAUGGUGGGAGGCUCAGUAGAAGGGGACACAGGGAGCCGAUUCUACUUUUCUUUUCUCUAUGAAGAAGGAGACGAAGAGGAAGGCGGCUGCCUGACCAGGAAGUAUGGUCUAAAGUUUCACCCACUUCCUGACUUCCCAAAAUGCUUUUUAGAUCAGGGAGUGGUCAACUUCUUCCUGGCUCGGACAGACGCAGUACGGAGGGUCGGAUUUGACAUUCGGCUGCAGCGGGUAGCUCACUCAGAGUUCUUUAUGGAUGGUCUGGGCUCACUGAUGGUUGCCACAUGUAAAGACGUGAAAGUUGGGCAUCAACGCAAAACUAAGGAAAACACCAAUCCUCGCUACACAAAAUUCAGAAAAAGUAAAAGCAUUGGUGGCUUUAAAUCCCGGCUUCACUAUUUCAAAAACCACCUCAAGUGUGUUCAUUAUGCAUGAAAGACUUCAGAACAAAAAAAAGUUAUUGUACUCUACGCAACGGUCUUUUAUCCAACCCUGUAUUUUUGGAAUUUGGUUGACAGAGUCCAUGUCCAUGGGUGAUUUCCAUUAUAAGACACCAAGAAAAAUGCUUCCUGUGAUUGGAAAGAAAAAAUCAGGUCACUGUCUGAUUGCAGUGUUCAAACCAGUCUCAUUCCAAAUUGUGUAAUAGGUGUAAUAGGUUGGUCCACAGCACAUAGUGUAGAAAUGUCACCAUACACUGCUACAUUUGAUCAUCCCAGUCUGGCGAAAAAUGCUGUAUUUCAAGAUAGUUUAAAACUUACCUUCGUUUUGAUGACUUUUCUAGUGACAAAUGUCCACUUUAUUCCAUAUUCUCAGUUGAUGUACAUGGACCGUAGUUUAUUCGAUUUACCGUUUGUUCAUUCAGCUUGAUGAGCAACAUUGUCGCCACGCUACAAUUCCCUUGUUGCCAGGGUGGGUGGUUGCUACAGACAUUUUUGAAGUCGGAAGGGAGUUGAUUUGCCUCAUGGGCUAUUUGCGUGUGUUUUUUUUUUUUUUUUUUGAAAAAAAAGAUUAAUCACAAUCAAAACUAUUGAAAGGAGACAUCUUUGUAUUGUGCUUCUGUAGAGAAAUAUACUUCUGAAUGUGAUCAGUUUUUUUUUUUUUUUUCAACCAUGACGUCUGAGAGCUCUUUGUUAGGCUGGUUGUUAAAGACUCUGACCCACCAACCGGAAGGAAGUUAAUCUGCUUGUCAGGGUGAUUUUUUUUUUUUUUUUACGAGCAAGUUGGUGGCGUUAAACUAAUUAUAUCUGUCCAAAAAAAUAUGUUUAGGUGUAUUAAAAACACAGCUCCUGUUUGUUUUUCAAAAUAAUAUUCUUUUGUAAUUCAGAUUUCUGUAUACAUACAACAAUUGUGUUCCUGUUCUGUUGUAAAUCAAUCAAUAAAUGAUUCACUCUGUC